UGGGCGCGUUUCUCUGUCUAGAGCUCAGCAGCAAGCGAGAUGACAGGGGGAAGAGUCUAGGACUCGAGGCUCAUGUCGUGUGAUGCGACAAUCGGCUCGAAUAAGAGUCCCCAAGCGCCGUCGAAACUCUCGCGUUCCAAGUUCCAGGCCGCUGGGAGUAUUCCGCGGCCAGCUAUCAACGGUUUGAACCUUUGCAAGUCGUAAGAUAAAAUGACCUCUCAGGCGAAGAGUACGUCGGACGAUUGUAAUUUUUUCGGCGUGUACCUCCUCUCCUGCACGACCCCUCAAUACAUGGGAGACACCUAUAUAGGAUUCACCGUCGACCCGGUAAGACGCAUCAAACAACAUAACAAAGGAGUCGUAGCUGGCGGAGCGUACACGACGAACCGGAAAGGCACUUGGGAUAUGACUCUAGUAGUACACGGUUUCCCGAACGACAAGAGCGCCUUACGAUUCGAAUGGUCCUGGCAGCAUCCGAAGAAAUCAAGACGGCUGGCCCAUGUCCCUGCAAGGAGAUACAGGAAAGAGAGCAAAUUCGAAUACGCUCUUCGAGUUUUAUCGGUGAUGCUCACCACUGCACCGUGGAAACGCUUGUCGUUGACACUCCAGUGGCUGAUACCCAAGUAUAUCAAGGAGCUGCCAACUGCCCCUCCAAGUCACAUGGCCAUCGUGCGCGAAGAAGUGGAUUUGCCAACCUAUCCGAAGAAAUGUCUCCCACCUCUAUCCCCGGGGAAGUGCCACAUCUGCGCACAGGCUCUCAGCGGAUCGCUCUGCUGCGUCUGUGAAUGCGGAGGCGUUCCGGCAUCGCACGUGCGCUGUUUCGCCGAACAGUGCCUCACAUUAGCUCACGAGCCCGAAAUGCUGAUACCGAUAUGGGCUGUAUGUUCUUCGUGUGGCGUCCGGAAGCUCUGGAAUUAUUGGAUGAGAGAAAAUAUUUGCCAAGUGGUGGUGAUAACUGAAGAUGCCUGAGCCGAAUAGCGUAUCUAGAAUUGACAAGGAGACAUGCGUCCCAAGAACCUACCUGCUCGUUCAUUCUUCGCAAGAUAUGUAUGGUCGAAAGUUGAUGGGAAGAAAGGACUGACCACCUCGAUAGCAACGUGUAUGCGUUCAUGUAAAUAUAUAUGUACAUAUAUACACACGCGCUCGAUAAAGGGGCUUGAAAGUUCCAGAAAUCGAU